AUGAGUCGACGAUGGGUGCUGCUCAUCUUUGCCCUUGUUGUAUCUCUUCUUUCCUGGGAACUACUCUUCUAUGGCGAGGAGGAUCUUUGGCGUGCACCACAGCGUCCUCCUGCGACGGUGGUGGAGUGCGACUUGAGUCGGCAUGCCCGCGCCGUCAGUUUUCUCGGCGUCGUGGCCCGCCUCUGCGGGCAACUCUGCACGGCGUCUGUGCGGCCGUCCUUCUGCGAUCGUGGGCGUUUCCUGCAAGCGCAUGGCAGAGUCCGCUUUGAUUUCUCCCAGACACCGUCGGCGGAUGUGGAAGGCGAAAUCGAAACUGUGGAUGUCGUGUACGUCGCCACCGGGGAGAGGUUUUAUGGUGCCGGGGGGCAGUCGUACGUUUUGGACUCUAUCCGGCAAUGGCGGUGCUUUCAUUCGCCUAGGGAGUCGCGGGUGUUUCUGGUGCUGGACGACGCCCACGUGCAGGAUCCACGCAUCGUCGCCCUCCGUGAGCCGCUGGGUAUUACGUUGAUUCCGGCGAGCCAAGCUGUGACGUCGCGGCUGGAGCGUUAUCGCAGUCUGUUUUACAUCCAGGGCUUUAUGCACCCGGGUGGGAACCGUUCCACGGGGAACAAGCAGUUCAACCGGCUUGUGACGGAACGUUUCUUUGUUUUGGCAGCCGUCAUGCGACGGCUGCGGCUACGCCACGUGCUUCACGUGGAGAACGAUAACAUGAUUUACGCAAACAUGAGGGGAGUUCUCCGCGCGAUUGCUCGGUGCGGGUAUCGAAUGGCCAGCACGGCGCCCUCCGCCGAGGGCUUUGUUCCUGGCGUCGUGUACGUUAAGGAUGCGGAGUCUGUCGAACACUUUGCUGACUACGUGAAUGACUUCUUGAGUUGCGGGAGGAGGUUUGGGGUCGCGGUGAGCCGCGCGGUGACGCGGAAACGGGACCCGUACGCAAAUGACAUGACGUACAUGAUGAACUACUACCAGCUUUUCGGCUCCGCCUACAUGGGCGAGCUUCCGGCGUGGUUGCACGCGGCGGGCGAGAAUUGCAUUGUCGAAAGCUCAAGGGAGAUGGGCCUGCCGCCGUACCUCUUCGACGCGGCCUCCUUUGGGCAGUGGUACAGCUUCGCCGCCCUCGACGGCGCCCUGCUGCCCCCCGCGAGGAUCCGGCGAGCCGCAAGGCGGCGCUACCUCAACGUCACCCCCCCGCCGCCGCUCACUUGGGCGGCGAAGGGCGCGAACCGCGUGCCAUUCUGGAAUGCGUUCCGCCUCGUCUCGCUGCACAUUCACGCAAAAAACUUGAGGAACUUCUCUUCGCGAUGA